AUGUUACGUGUGCCGAUCCCGCGAAUUCAAGUCAACUACCUGUACCUGGGGCGGCGCUGCGUGACGCGGCAGCAGUGCGAGCGCAUGCGCGACCUGGACCAGGCGACGGUGCUGCGGCAGCGCGAGCAGCGGCGCAACGCGUCGGGCCACGCCCCCGCGCCCGCCGGCGCCCUGGGCGCGGGCGACGCCGCCGCCGCCGUUGCGGACGCGCUGCUGGCCGGUGCCGACGACGCCGACAACCCGCGAUACUGGACCUUCAACGGGUGA